UGCUGAAUAGUUACACAGGGAAAGAACAGCAAAAAAAAAAAGUCCCCAGUCCCAAUUGCAGGGGAUUCAGACACCUGGUGCUUUAGAAAACUGCUGCCCUGACAAAGAACUUCUGCUUGGAUUGAAGUGUUUUCUUGUCCCUAAAAGUAAUCUAAAGGAAGACAUCACUUGCUACUGGCCUGGAAAACACCUUCCUUUCCCUGUUUUUUCUUCCUGUUUUAGAGGAAAAAGAAACUUGAAGAAGGAAGUUUUUCUUCAGUUUUUGCUCUUCAAGCAUAGGUUAAAAUGCCAGGGAAGGAGGAGGAGGCCCUUGGCAUCGCUCAUCUCCUCCUGGAACUGCAUUGCAUCACUUGGAAAACAGGACGAGAGGACAUGAGACAGCUCAUCCCGAUGUCUUUUUAAAUGCAGGGAAAUUCAUACCACCAGCAUCUACUGCAAGGAAAUGAGCAGAUGCCAAAUUUUCUUUUACACUUAGAAGAAGUGAAAAGCCAUGGGCGUGUUUCCCGUUUUUAACGCGAGCAACGUUUCGCAGGCCGGCUCCUUCGAGGACAGCCACAACUGGACAGCGGCGACCCAGUUCACCCAGCCAGGAUGGAGAAUUGCUCUGUGGGCCAUCACCUACUCCUUCAUCGUUAUCACAUCCAUCAUUGGCAACAUCACCAUCAUCUGGAUCAUCCUGGCACACAGGAGAAUGAGGACCGCCACCAAUUACUUCAUCGUUAACUUGGCCCUUUCGGACCUGCUGAUGUCCGCUUUCAACACCAUCUUCAAUUUUAUCUAUGCCAGUCACAAUGUCUGGUAUUUUGGAGAGGAAUUCUGCAGGUUUCAGAACUGGUUCCCCAUCACUGCAGUGUUUGUGAGCAUUUACUCCAUGACAGCCGUGGCUGCAGAGAGGUAUGUGGCCAUAAUUCACCCCUUCAAGCCCAGGCUGUCUGCUGGAAGCACCAGAGUCAUCAUUGGGAUAAUCUGGCUGGUGGCAUUCGGGCUCGCCUUCCCGCAGUGCUUCUACGCCGAGAUCACGAUGGACAACGGAACCAUGAAAUGCAUCGUGGUCUGGCCCGAUGAUGUUGGAUCCAAGCACCAGCUGACGUAUCACAUUGCCGUGAUUGUGUUGAUUUAUUUACUGCCCUUAAUGGUGAUGUUUGUUGCAUACAGCAUUAUAGGAGUUACCCUGUGGAGCAGCGCGGCUCCAGGCAACCACCUGAACAGAGUCCACUAUGAACACCAAGUUAAUGCCAAAAAAAAGUUUGUGAAGACGAUGGUGGUAGUGGUGAUCAUUUUUGCUGUCUGCUGGCUGCCCUAUCACAUAUACUUCAUCCUGGGGAGCUUCAAGGAAGACAUCUACCAGCAGAAAUACAUUCAGCAGGUGUAUCUCGCAGUCUUCCUCCUUGCCAUGAGCUCGACAAUGUACAACCCCAUCAUAUACUGCUGCCUGAACCAGAGGUUUCGUUCUGGCUUCAAGCUAGCCUUCCGGUGGUGUCCGUGCAUAAAAGCAACAGAAAAAGACAAACUUAAACUUAUGUCCCCAUCUCUCUACCAGACAACCCACAGGAAGUCAAGAACAACAAGUUUCAACACAGAAACUCAGCUGAAUGAGAAAGAGAAGACAUCGUUUACCCUCACCCAAUCACCACUUUAAUUUCCUGCUUCUGGCUCCAUCCCCAUACACCAUGCCAAGGCAGCAGCAGUAGAAGCCUCAGGCAGGUCUUUUUCUCUGGACCAACUGUUUCCUACAGGACUUCUUUGGAUGCCAUCAGCAUUAAAGGCAGUGUGUUGAUAACUCUUAUAUCCAUGUAGGUCCAAAUAUCACCCAGCUACGGAUACGAGUUUAGCCCUCCCUUACAUCAACAGCUGCAAUACAGAACAGACAUCAGCCCCAGGAGGUCAAAAAAAAUCAGCAGAGCAGAUCUGAGGCAGUGCCAAUCAGUAGAAUAUAAAUUAUUCUCUUCUACACUGUCAUCUCCUGAUUUCUGUUCCACCAAGACACUUAAAUUCAGAAAAGAGGCGAUGGAGCAGAAAGGCUGGGGCUCGAGUGGCCCAGCUGGGAUGGACCCUUGUGUGGGCAGCCAAGUGCCAUGGCUCAGCAGCCCCAAGGCAGGUAACACCAUGGGCCAAAGCCUGUUUACAGCAAAGGCAAAUACUAACACAUCCAGACUGAAAAAUCCAGCCUGCUCUCAAAAUUUUCUGGAUUCUGGGAUUGUCACACCUGUGAUUUCACCGGCAGAAACAGUCCCUGAAGAUGUUGUCAUCGCAUGGAUUUCUAUAACCUUGUCCCAGAAUAUGAUGUUGUUUUCCUAUUAAACUGUGCUCAAGUGAUUCCUCCUUCCCAUGAGUUGUGGUGCCUAAUUUGGAGAGCGAGGCUCCCAGAAGGCUCUCAGUCAGGAGCCAGGGAUGCCCACUGGCUUGUUCAGGGCUCAUGGAUCCAACCAGAAUCCACCUUCCUUACAUCCUUUUAGUCCUAACAGCAGUGGCCCACUGCUGUCUUUUCCCAGAUAGUCCCUUCACCUUCCCUUUCCAGACUUACCCCGUAUUUAUCCUCACUGCUCUUCCCAGAUACGAAAAUAAAGGCUGAAAUAUGUCAUCUUCCCAGCCUGAGGCAUUAUGUGCAAGCACACAGAACAGGAGAAGCUGAAAUAUAAACAUUAUGUAAUACAGCAUUUAAUAGUGGUGUGAUAAAUUAGCACCUCACAAUCACCUUCACCUCUCAUGGCAGGUUUGUAAAUAAUAUCACCUUACCUUAUCAAUUAAAAAGCCCCUGUAAUGUUGACAAGAUCCUGUUACUUGAAAUAUUCUCCUUUGCUCUGUGAAAGCCAAACUACAAAGUGCUGCCAGGCUUAAAUUCUGCUGUAAAUCCAGAGAAAUCCAGGCUUGAACUGAAAGAAUAUUCAGGGAUACGACUCUCCCAAGCCUGUUUGAACACAGGAGCGAGAUACAUGUUCCUUCUCCACUUCUCCACCUCCCUGGCUCUGUGGAGAACGAUUAUGUUAUGCAACUCCUCCCAUUAUUGGGACAAGAGAGCCCAGUCUGAGAAAGCUCACCAUUUUAAAUCACUCCAGCAGAUGGUUUCUAGUCCAGAUGUUCCCUGACCAGCCUGUUCUCCCCACAGCUGCAACUGCUGGGCAGAGGCAUUUGCAGACAGCCACCACCAAGUCAUUGUGCCAAAGGGCCUGAGAACCAUCUGGGAGGGAUGCUCUGCCAGGCACACAUUGCUGGGACCAGGACAGACAUGGCACAGAGCCCUGCUCUGAGGAACUGAAGGACACCUGCCCACAGAGCUCAGUAUUUGAAAAAAGUGAGCUGUACUCCCCCUG